AUGCGGAGUGUCAAUCUGAAGCCAGGCAGUGAGACGCGUCAGAUGUGGGAAAAGUUGCCAUUUCCCAUGAUCUUUAAGAUCUACAUAUUCAAUGUGACCAAUGCGCGGGAAAUUGAAAUGGGCGGCAAACCGAAGCUGCAGGAAGUGGGUCCAUUUGUAUACGAAGAGUGGAAGGACAAGUAUGAUCUGUUGGACAUAGAAGCAGAGGAUGCCAUCAGUUUCAAUAUGCGCAACACAUUCAAGUCACGCAGCGAUUUGGGUCUCACUGGAGAGGAGCUAAUAACGCUGCCACAUCCACUGCUCCAGUUCAUGACCAUUGCGAACCUGGGUCAGCCAGCAGAAACACAGGCAGCUGUUGCCUUGGGAUUGGAUUUGAUUUUGAAGCCGGAGAGCGCUUUUAUAACAGCCAAAUUCUCGGAUCUCUUCUACAAUGGCAUUGAAGUCAAUUGUGCCCAGGAGCAUGCUGCGGCACUGGCCAUCUGUCAGCAGUUCCAAAUGGGUGCCGUGCCGGGUGCAAUUCCACUAAAUGCCACACACUACAGCUUCUCGCUAAUGGGAGCGGGGAAUCACACGAAUGCUGGACGCUUUAAGGUCUCGCGCAGCAGAGCCAAGAAGUCCUCGGUGGGACGUGUGCUCUCGUUCAACGAUGCGGAGCAGCUGCAAGUGUGGCAGGAGACAAACAAUGGCAGCUGCAAUAUUUUACGUGGCACAGAUGGCACCAUCUUUGCGCCGUACAUGCGACCACAGCACGGCCUGUGGAGCUACUCGGCCCAACUGUGCCGCUCCCUGACGCCCAAGUUAGUGGGCAGCACCAAAUACAAUCAGCUGCCCGCAAAGCGCUAUGAGCUCAGCUUUGGCUCGGCCAGCACGGAAGAUGAUUUAAACUGCUACUGCACGGACUACCCCAUAGAUUGUCCGGCUGAUGGCACUAUGGAUCUGGUGCGUUGCAGUGGCACGCCCUUAAUCGCCUCCUUGCCACACUUUUAUGGCGCUGAUGAAUAUUUAUUGGAGCAAGUUGAGGGAUUGGCGCCCACAGCUGCCAAACAUGCCAGCAUAUUGAUUUUUGAACAGUUAUCCGGCAGUGUGCUCUCCGUGCACAAUCGCCUGCAGUUCAGUUUGAAAGUGGCGCCUGUUAAGGAUGUGCCGCUGAUGUCCCAGUUGCGUGCCGUGGCAAUGCCACUCUUUUGGAUUGAGGAAUCGCUGCAGCUGGAUGAGAAAAUCACACAGCUGCUGCAUAAAAAGAUAUUUGCUGUGCUCAAUGCGAACAAUUUGUUCAGAUGGUUAGCAAUUGGCCUGGGCAGCUUGGGCUGUGCACUUGGAGCACUUUUUCUGCAUCUAACACGCAGCGAUGUGAAGCGAGUGGGUGUCAGCUUACCCGAAUAGAUUACACACAUAUUAUAUAUAAAUAAGUACAUAUAUCAGUGGGAAUGUUUAGUUUAAAAGUCAUGUUUUACAUUACGGGCAAUUGAAAUCAACAUAAUAUUUAAUAUGAAUGUAUUUGAUUGAUUCGCUGGUGCUUGGAAGAGCAUUAUGCAAUAUAUAAAAUUAUAUAACUUAA